UUUCAGAGCCUGGUGGGCUCCAUGCUCCUUCCAGCAGCCCUGAAAACUUAAAAGCUUUGGUUUGCAGCUGAUCUAUAGCAAACAUUUACGUAUGGCAAAGCAAUGUGGUGGAGCCUGGCUCAGCUCUGUCCCUUGAUCCUGUCUGUGUGUGUGUCACUGGCUUUGACACCAACCCCGGCCACGGCGUGCAGGGAGCUGCAGGCACCACCUUCCCACAGAAGAAGCAGCAGAAAUGUUAAUUCUCCAGCUCCUGUCGACUGUCAGCUGAGCCAGUGGUCAGGAUGGACUGAUUGCUUCCCUUGCCAAGAGAAGAAACACCGCUACCGGCGGCUGGCACAGCCAGCAGAGUUUGGAGGGCGACGCUGCGCUGGGCAGCUCUGGGAUGAGCAAGCCUGUCGAGCUGAGACAACGUGCACAGGGCCACCAGGGUGUGGGCAGGACUUCCAGUGCGAGGGAACAGGGCGCUGCAUUAAACGGCAUCUCGUGUGCAACGGAGACAGAGACUGCAGAGACGGCUCUGAUGAGGAUAACUGUGAGGAUGAAGAUAUUGAAAGCCCUUGUGAACAUCUGUUCCCAAUCCCAGGGGUGGAAAAAGCAGUCCAAGGAUACAACACCCUGACACAGGAAGGGAGACAGAACAUUUACGACCCCGGGUUUUUUGGGGGGCUCUGUGAGUACGUGUACAACGGGGAGUGGCGGGAGCUGCAGUACGACGCCGCCUGCGAGCGCCUGCACUACGGAGACGACGAGAAGUAUUUCCGCAAGCCUUACAACUUCCACAUAUUCCAGUUCCUGACUCAGGCUGAUUCUGGAUUUGCUUUUGAGUUUUACGAGGAUUCAAAGGACCUGCUUGACGCCCUUAAAAGUGAUAAAUCCAAAACAACAGGCUUCACCAUUGGAAUUGGGCCUGGAGGUGGAGAUCUCAUGUUAAACCUGGGCCUCACUUUAUCAGGUGGCAAAGGAUCCCUGAAGAAUUUCACACAAUAUGAUGCAAAGGAUGUUGGGUUCAUUAGAGCUGAGACCAAGGUGCAGACAGCCCGCUUCAAGAUGAGAAGGGACAACAUUGUUUUGGAUGAAGAUGUGCUGCUGUCCCUGCAGGACCUCCCAGACACCUACAACUAUGGCUUGUAUGCCAAAUUCAUCGACGACUACGGCACCCACUUCAUGACAUCUGGCACCUUGGGGGGUGUCUUUGAGUACAUACUUGUCAUCAAUAAGGAGGAAAUGCGCAGAAAAGCCAUCAGCACGGAGGAGAUAAGUGCCUGUGUUGGCCUGUCCCUUGGCAUUACAGCCAGCAAGGAGAAACUGGAUCUGGGUGCAACUCUGACACACUCUGACUGCAAAAACAAAGGAUUCCUGAAAACUGAUGCUGAGAGCCACAGUGCAGUUGUGGAAGAUAUUAUUCCCCGGAUUAGAGGGGGAGACACCAGUUACAGCGGAGGGCUCCUGAACAGUUGGGAUGGCAAAAUGUAUCGUCACUGGGCCAGGUCAUUAAAAUAUAAUCCUGCUAUUAUUGAUUUCCAGCUGCAGCCCAUCCACGAAAUCCUGCGCAGGAGCAACCUCGGCCACAUGGAGACCAAGAGGCAGCACCUGAAGCGGGCUCUGGAUGAGUUCCUGCUGGAAUUCAGCCCCUGCCGCUGCGGGCCGUGCCAGAACAACGGGGAGCCCGUCCUGGUGGGUGACACCUGCUCCUGCCACUGCCGCCCUGGCUACAGAGGCCCUGCCUGUGAGCAGACUGAGCGCCCAGGUGGUGAGACAGACGGGCGCUGGAGCUGCUGGUCAGGCUGGUCCCCGUGCCAGGCAGGGACACAGCGGCGCAGCCGGCAAUGCUCCAACCCUGCCCCACAGCACGGAGGGCAGCCCUGUGCUGGGAGAAACCUCCAGAGCAGAGCCUGCUGAAAGCCCAAGGUGCCUGGGACAGGGUGAUUUGGAACCUGGGCUGGGCUAUAAAUACUCCAGGACUGCGACAGAAUUACCCCUGGGAGAAAUAAUUGACCACUGAUUUCAACAAGUGCUGGAGUCGUUCUGCAAAAGCUGAGCAACUGCUCCCACGGUUUUGCCCCACCAGAUGUGAUGGGAGCCCCACCAGAUGUGAUGGGAGCCCCACCAGAUGUGAUGGGAGCCCCACCAGAUGUGAUGGGAGCCCCACCAGUGCUCAACACCACUGCUGCAGAAGAUGGCAGAGAAUCCACCCAAAGGAGGUGGAGCUGCUGGGUGAUCACGGGUGCCAUGAAAUAAAUCCACGGCGAGUGUUUACAUAACUGAGCUUGACUCUCGAGGAGUUUAUGUAUUUUCCUUUGGGAAACAUGGGAAAAGCUCACGAUCUAUGCAGUUGGUAUUGACAUAUGUACCACAAAACUUUUGUACGUUGGCACUGUCAGAUUUGUAAGUCCAGCAUAUUGGCCAGGGCUGCAUUUGCAGCAAAGCCAUAUGCUGCUCUGCAUGGAGAAGGCUUCAGCCUGAAGAUGCUGAAGCAUCCUUGCAAAAUGCAAGCCCAAGCUGAUGAGGAAUUUUAAAUAAAUAAAUAAAGCCAUAAAUAGAGAGGCUCGAACGCAACCGUUGGGCAGAGGAUGCUCCCACACAGGCAAAGGCUUUUCCUCUGUAAGAUCAGUGAUGAAUUGACUAUUAGCACGCAGGCAUUUUAUCUCCCAGGCACACAGAGCCUGAGAAGAUGCUAACAGGCUGCUUGAUUUAAGGGGCUCUUUUGAAUGUGAGACGUAAAUCUCAGCACAAGAAUGCACACAGUAUUGAACUGUGUCCAGAGACCACGGCGACAGCCUGCAGCUCCCUCUUCUUAAUGAACUGCCACAGAAACCUGGGAUGGACGGAAGGCAAACGGCACUUCAUUUUACUGAGCUUUUCAUUGCAAGGGGAGAAGGGGGGCAGAAAAGCUCUGAGAAGGAAUCGGGCAUUAUGAACAGCACCAAAACCUCAAAGCACAAAGCAGCCCUUCUGUAGACAUUUGAAUGGAGAGGGGGAGUAGAAAGGAAUCAUGGUUUAGUGAAAGAAAUUGCUCAGGUGCUUGGAAAUGCUUGUUUUUCAACUGUGUGUCAGUGGGGAUUUACAGGCUGACACUCAGCUGAUGUAAAUCAGUGUUGUUCCUUCACUGUAGCUGAUUUAUGGCACCUGAAGAUCUGGACCCAUAUUUUCUUUUGUGGGCAUAUUUGCCAAAGGCCAGCUUUUUAACCACUUUUUUUUUUUGCUUGUAAAAUGAAACUAUGGGCUGAAAACAACAAACCAAGUUGUCUCAAACCCAGAGAUGGAUUGUUGUGUGAAAAAUUCCUUUGCUGGGGGACAAAGAGGUGGCCUUUUGGGCCAACCUUGCUAUUCCAGGCAAAGGAACUGUUCACCCAGAGAGGAAUUUGCUCCCAAGGGCUUGAAUUUGAUGUCUUCUGUGUUAGGAAAUGAAGCAGCACGAUGCACCCAUGGAUCAGUGUGACUUAGACAUCCAAAGGAAUGUGAAAUGGAGGAUCACAACAGGUGAUUUCAUGAAUGCUGCCACGUUGUGUGGAAACACAAGACAGGGCUCUUACACCAAGGACCACUUUGGCUCACAAGCAAUUCUUACCUCUUACAUAGACUUCCUAGGACUCAGGAAAAUGCCUGCAAGUAAAUGAGUACAAAGUCACCUCAGCCAGAAAACCAAUUGUGCUCAUUUUUUGACCAGAGGGGAGAAAUUAAUGAACAGAAAGAUCUGAUGCCUUGGAGGCUGGGAAAAGAUGGGGCCUGUAGGAAAACAACCUGCAUCCUCAGCUUUUAGAGCUGUUUCUAGAAGGAUAAAUCACAGAAGAACCACCAAAAAAAUUUAAAAAAAGGAAAAAAGAAUAAAUCAAAGUGAUUAAAGAAACUGCAUGCAAAAUCCCACCAGGAAACAUAUAAAUAAGAGCAGAAAGCUACGUUUUACCUGCUGUUGUUCAUCCUCAUCACUCAACUCAUAGCCCAAAGCACUUAGACACAAACCCAAGGGCUUCCUUCACACCAAAGGAAGGUGGAUAGUGCCCCUGUCCUCCCCCUCCACCCCAGGGCUCAAACACCCACAUGCUGAAAACCCAGGAGCAGCAAAGCUGGA